AGUGUCAGUGACGGAUUUAGACAUGGACGGACUAUUGCAGAUAAAAGGAGGGAGAUGAAGGAGGAAAUAUUGCAACUGAGGAGAGCUAAUGGCUACAAUUACAGUGUGACCGGUGGACUCCCAGAACAAUUCUGUGUCGGUCCCCAAGAGCCCUGUUUCAUAUCAAGUGAGAUCAACGCACGAGGCCAAAAACUGAUGCAAAACUAUUUAAAUCGGUUCAGAUAAGCCACCACCGUGCCUUGAGUUGGAUCGCUGUUCUGCUUUGGAAAAAUUUCCAUCCGAGAAGGAGAUAGCCUGAGAGAAUAACCUGACUGACUGAAUUCAGCUCUUUACGAUGGCAGAUUUUCUGCAUAGUCAUGCUUUCAACAUCGAAACGGAGGGAGCACAGAGCUUCAAUGGCACCAAGGAUUCUCAUUUCGGGCAAAUGGUGGCACAGUUUCGAAGCAGCACAGAAACGUGGAUUGUAGUCAGUGCCCCGCUAGAGGUGAAUGAGACAGGUACACGAACUGGGAGGAUCUACAAAUGCAGUUACACAGGAGGGCAGUGCCAUCCCCUGCCAGUUGUUGCACCACCUGAAGCUGGAGAUAUCUCUCUUGGACUUUCCCUUGCACCACGGACUGUUGGAGUGCCCUCCUUACUUGCAUGUGGACCGACUCUCUCCCAUGAAUGCGGCACAAACAUGUACCAGAAUGGUGUGUGUUACCUCUUCAAUAGCAGGCUCAAACAUGUUGCAAGAUACCCUCCCAGAACACAAGACUGCUUCACAGCGAGAGUGGAUUUGGCGUUUCUGAUCGAUGGAUCCGGGAGUAUUGUUGAUGGAGAUUUCACCGUCAUGAAGAAUUUCAUCAUCCAGAUGCUGCGUCGUUUCCGACAUCGGGAUGUGCAGUUUGCGGUCAUGCAGUUCUCAGACCUGGUGAAGAAGGAGUUUAAUUUUGAAGAAUACGAGCUGUCGAGCCGGAAUGAGACGCUUGUGAGGCGGAUCCGUCAGAUUAAAGGUGACACGUACACACCCACAGCGAUCAAACAGCUAGUUGAGGAGAUCUUUGUAGAACACAGUGGCCUGAGGACUGAUUCAAAGCGGGUCAUGGUGGUCAUCACUGACGGAAAGUCUAAUGAUCCCGACACCACAUUCUCCAAGGCCAUUCGCCUGGCUGAGGACAAACAAAUCCUACGCUUCGCUGUGGGGGUGGGUCCUGACUUUCAGAAUGCAGAAGGACGGCAGGAGCUGGAGAUCAUCGCCUCAAACUCCACCAACAACACCGUGUUCUCUAUCAAAAACUUCAAUGCUCUCAAAACCAUCCAGGACCAACUGCAGGCCAAGAUCUUUGCCAUUGAGGGGGCCCAUGGAUCAGCGAACCUCACAUAUUUUAAGAACGAAAUGAGCCAAGAAGGAUUCAGCUCCAUCCUGACAUCAGAUACAGUGGUCCUUGGAUCACCAGGGGCUUACGGAUGGAGUGGAGGAGUGUUACUUUAUCGAGGAGACAACGAGACUUUUGUCAACAUUUCCAUGACGGAUGAAGACCUCAGAAACAGCUAUUUGGGAUACUCAGUGCAAAAGGCCACACGGGCAGGGCUGGAUUACUAUAUUGCGGGAGCUCCUCGUUACCGGCACACAGGAGCGGUGGUCAUCUUCCAGCGAGGGAGAAAUGGCACUUGGGAGAACCGGCAGCACAUUCCAGGAGAGCAGCUUGGCUCAUACUUUGGCUCCGAGCUUUGUACCAUGGACGUGAAUGGGGAUGGAGAGACCGACCUUCUGUUGAUUGGAGCUCCUCUCCAUCAAUAUCAACGUUUCGGGGGCAUGGUUCUCGUCUGCACAAUGUCUCCACAGGGUAAUUUCUCGUGUGGACACCCCCUCCGAGGAGCUGAAGAGAGUGGUCUGGGUCGUUUCGGAAGCUCCGUGGCGGCGCUGAGUGACCUGAACGGGGACGGACUAGGUGAUGUGGCGGUCGGAGCCCCUUUGGAGGAUGAGCAUCGUGGAAGGGUCUAUAUCUUCCAUGGGGAGAGCGGAGGAAUCAAACUGCAAUACAGCCAGUGUCUCGAGGGGGUGAAGCAGUCUCCGUCGCUGACCUACUUUGGCCAGUCUGUCAGUGGCAUGAUGGAUGUCAGCGGUGACUUGCUGACUGACCUUGUGAUUGGUUCUCUCGGCACAGUGACUGUUUUUCGCACCCGGCCAGUUGUAAACUUCUCUGCUAGUGCAGUGUUCCAUCCUCAGCCAAUCCCACUGGCUCUGUACCGGUGUCACCGCGUAGUGGAGACCGGCUCGCUGAUCAGCAACGUCACUGUGUGUCUCCGGAUGGCAAGCCUGGCACCAGGGAACUUGGGCAAACUUAAAGCAAAUGUCACGUAUAAUUUGUUCCUGGACUUCCAACGGCAACAGGGCCGAGCAACAUUCUCGAGCUUUGCCCGGAAAUUAACCACCAAUAGACUGCUCUCCACGAAGACGACGCUGUGUGAGCAAUACACCAUUCAUCUGUUGGCAUGUGUCAAAGAUUAUUUGGAGCCAAUUAAUCUGUUGCUGAACUUCACACUAGCUGGCGAGUUGAUUCCUGCGAGCAAUGGCCUGAGGCCAAUUCUUAAUCAGUACAGCCAAACAUCAUACAACUACAAGCUUCCUUUCGAGCUGGAUUGUGGAGUGGACAAUCAAUGUGUCGACUUCCUCAAGGUUUUAUACAACUUCUCCAGGGGCAACACACUGCUAAUAGGGCAGGACCAAGUUCUGACGGCGAUGGUGAGUGUGGAGAAUGCGCAUGAAGACUCGGACAAACCUCAGCUGCACUUCUACUACCCGAGCUGUCUCAACUUCAGGAAGAUCAGCUCCGUGCAGCCGGCCAAUGUUCUCGUUCUGUGCAAUGAUGUGGACAAUUCCAGACGGCUCGAUUUGGGAAGUUUAACCUGUGAUAUAGAUCAUCCUAUCUUCCCAAAACAUUCCCAUGUAACAUUCAGUGCAGAGUUCGACAUCUCUGAUUCUGAGACAGAAGAAAGGACGGCAAAUUUUACCAUCACCGCAACCAGCGGAAACUCUGUCCGGAUCACAAAUGAGAGCACCCUGUCUCAGACUCUGUUCCUCCGUUACACAGUCAAUGUGGUAACCUCAGGGAUCGAGUACACACGGCACAUCAAUGUCACGGCUGGAACACAGGAGGUCCGGCUAGUCAAACAUUCCUAUCAGGUGGAGAACUUGGGUGACCGCAGCCUGCCCAUCGGAGUGACACUCGCAGUUCCGGACCUUCUCAGCGGGCAACCGUUCUGGAACAUCACAGUAUCCUCACAAAACCAGACGAGCCAUUCUGUCUGCCCACCGCCUGUCGAGAGAGGCUCAUGGCUGGGGAGGAUGUCAGUUCAAGACAGACGAGACAAUGUCAGUGAGGACUGUGGGAUUGCACCAUGCGUUCUGCUGAGGUGUCGUGUUUCAGAACUGCAGGGGCACAAGAGGCUGAUCGUUAACAUCCAAGGGGAGCUGAGGACAGAGGCAAUUACCCAGCUGAACGUUAAGGAGCUGAGGCUUGUAACCAAGUUACGACUCAAUUACGACGGGGAUAAAUACGUGGAUGUAUCAAAUCGCUCAAAGGAAGCUGUGAUCGUGACAGAGGUGGAUGUGGUGGUGACAGCAGACCACUUGACAGCGAUCAUUUCUGGGACUUUAUUGGGGCUAUUGCUGCUCCUGAUCUGUGGCGCCAUCCUUUACAAGCUCGGAUUCUUCAGGCGGAACAAAGUGGCUGAAGACCACGACCAGCUCCAGGCUGACUCCCCACCUGCAGCCGAGGGAGCAACGACACAAUGUUGAGGAGAAAUGUCAGGGUUAUCUGCUCAUCCUACCAUGUCUAUUUGGAAUAAUUCAAGUUCAGCACCUAUCUGAGUGAUCCACACCCAAGUCUGAGUCCAAAAUCAAUAAAGUGACUGCAAUGAAGGGAGAGUGGGGACUCUGAAUAAUUGAUCAGAACAGUAUGUUUUUCUCUCUCUCUCUCUCGAAGAUAACACUGAGUUUGUGUGAUAUCUUCCUUUAUCUCCACUGCCUGACAAGUACCUUCAGCACUUUAAGUACACACAGCACACGUCCCCCCCAACCCCAGCCACAACAACACAAUCCCUCUUUUCUAAGGAAUGCAUUAUCCUCACUUAUUGUAUUUUAUGUUGAGUUUCUUAAGCAGAUCAAUCUCUUCCCUGACGGUAUACUAAUGGGCAUUGUGUCCGUAUGCUUGUGUGUCUGUGCCUUUUUUUGUUUCUCUGUGUGUCUGUCUAACUGUGUGUGUGUGUGUCAGAGAGAGAGAUAUCAACUCUGUAUCCUCUGCCUGCAAUGGGACACAUUUUGAAUGAAUUAAAAUGUGACAAAUCAAAGACUGAUAAUCUUUUUCUCUCUCACACUCUGUGUCUUUGUAUCACUUGAAAUACAAGACGGGCAAUGUCACACUCUGCUCACAUCUGCACGUCACAUCACGAGCACCAGGUUUUUAAUUCGAUGAAAGCAUCAAAACCUGACUCUCUCUCAGGUUGCUAAUGCUGAUCACCAGUCCUCCAGAGGGAUCCCUGAUCACAUACCAUUUUAGCCUCGUUACCUGAAGA